AUGAUGAUAGGACUGGGUCUUCUGCUCUCCUGCCUCUGGGCCCAGGCACAGCUGGUGGCUGACUCCACCCUGAUCAGCCCAACACCAGAAACUUUUGAAGAAGCCAUGACAUUGCUGACAUAUACUGGUCAGGACCAGGCCUAUGAGGAUAUGCAGGAUACUCUAAACCAGACCAGCAACAGGGUGCAGGCUUCCAACGACUUAACUGAUAAUGAGGCAAGGCCUAAAGAGGAUUCAGAGGAAGAGUCCUGGCUAACGGGCCGUACUCAGAUCUCAGAGGGGAUCUCCAACUUGGGGUUCAGCCUUCUGCGUAAGAUCUCCAUGAAGCAUGACAACAAUGUGGUCUUCUCUCCGCUCAGCAUAGCCUUUGCCUUGGCAACCUUGAUGCUGGGGAGCAAAGGGCAGACGAGAGCUGAGCUGGAGAGGGGACUAGGCCUGCAAAAUCUCAACAGAACCGAACACCUGCCCCAACUCUUUAGGCAACUUCGGGACACCCUCUCCUUCAACCAGGAGCUGGGCCUCACCCAGGGCAGUUUUGCCUUCAUCCACAAGGAUUUCAAUGCUCGAGAGACCUUCCUCAAUUUAUCCAGGACCUACCUGGAUACUCAGUGUGUACCUGUGAACUUCCACAAUGCCCCCCAGGCCAGGCUCUUCAUGAACCAUUACAUCAACAAAGAGGCAAAGGGGAGAAUCCCCCAAUUCUUUGAUGAGGUGAACCCUAGCACCAAAUUUAUUCUUGUGGACUACAUCUUGCUCAGAGGGAAAUGGCUAAGCCCUUUCGACCCCACGGCCACUGAAGUGGACAUGUUCUACCUGGACAAGUACCAGGCUGUGAAGGUGCCCAUGAUGUUCCAGGCAGGCAAGUUCGCCUCCACGUUUGAUAAGACUUUUCGCUGCCACGUGCUCCAGCUGCCCUACCGGGGCAACGCCAGCAUGCUGGUAAUCCUCAUGGAGAACAUGGGGGACCACCUGGCCCUUGAAGACUAUCUCACCCCAGAGCUGGUGGACAAGUGGCUUAGGACAAUGAAAACCAGAGAAAUGGAGAUUUAUUUCCCCAAGUUCAAGCUAGAUCAGGAGUAUGGGCUGCACAAGCUACUAAAGCAGCUGGGCAUCAGGGAAGUCUUCUCAACUCGGGCGAACCUGAGUGAGAUCUCAGCCACUGCAAGAGAUCUCAGAGUCUCCAAGGUUCUACAAAGAACAGUGUUCGAGGUGGAUGAAAAGGGAACUGAUGCAGUGGCAGGAACACAGUCCCAAAUCACUGCCUAUUCCAUGCCCCCCAUCAUCAAACUGAACCGGCCCUUUCAUUUCCUCAUUUAUGAGGAAACCUCCAGAAUGCUGCUGUUUCUGGGCAGAGUGAUGAAUCCAACUUUCCCCUGACUUCCGACAAGUGAAGCUCCUGGUGCAGAGGCAGAGGCUGGAACAGAGGGAUGACACCCAGAGGACUCAGCUUGGGGGGUGGGGGGUUGAAGAGCAUCCAUCACCACUACCACUUCUGUUCUGUUUGUG